UAGUAAUUUUACCAAAAAAACUCAAGUACGCGUAAUCUGCGAUACAGAGGAUCAUCUCUCACUGCCAUAAAUACAUAUACAAUCUUACCGCAUCUCACAAACCCUAGUCCUCACCUGCUCUGCUGCUUCUUUCCUUCUCUAUAGCCGUCAGAAACCACACAAACGGUUAGCAAUGGCAGGCACAUUCUAUGAUCUUGGAUCAGCUGCUGGUCUCAAGAAUCUCGACGAUUACCUCCUUACUCGCAGUUAUAUCACUGGCUACCAAGCUUCAAAAGAUGAUGUUACAGUGUAUGCAGCUAUUUCAAAUGCUCCAUCAUCGGAAUAUGUGAAUGUAUCCCGCUGGUUCCACCACAUUGAUGCACUUUUAAGGAUUUCUGGUGUAUCUGCGGAAGGGUCAGGAGUAACUGUUAAGGGAUUUGCUCCUGUCGCAGAAGAGGCAGUUGCAACUCCUCCUGCCACUGAUUCCAAGGCUGCUGAUGCUGAGGAUGAUGAUGAUGAUGAUGAUGUGGAUCUGUUUGGUGAAGAGACUGAAGAGGAAAAGAAAGCUGCAGAAGAACGUGCGGCAGCUGUCAAAGCAUCUGCCAAGAAGAAAGAAUCUGGAAAGUCAUCUGUCCUUUUGGACAUUAAACCAUGGGAUGAUGAGACUGACAUGAAAAAGCUCGAGGAAGCAGUUAGGAGUAUUCAGAUGGAAGGACUGCUUUGGGGAGCUUCCAAGCUUGUGCCAGUUGGAUAUGGAAUCAAGAAAUUGCAGAUUAUGAUGACUGUUGUGGAUGACUUGGUGUCUGUGGACAACCUCAUUGAGGAACAUCUUACAGUUGAACCAAUUAAUGAGCAUGUUCAAAGUUGUGAUAUUGUGGCCUUCAACAAGAUAUAAAUUUGAGGAUCCUUGUAACAGGGACGAGGUGCAGGAGAGUUUUCUUUUAGCGAAGAUAUUGGGUUGAAAUGAUUGUUAUUGUUAUUGUUAUUUAAUUCUGUAUUUCAUAGUUUUGUUGCAAAGAACUCUGGAUUUUGAGCCUGGAUGUUUAUCAGAUUACUUUUUGGGAACAUUCCAUGUUUGGAAUUAAUUGAAUUUUGUUAAGUUA